AGUCUGAAAAUUAAAAUUAAAAAAAUGGUUCGGGAGGUGGCUUUUAAGCUGUCGUUGUUCUCAUUUGAUUCUGCUGCAAGAUGACGGGACUUUGGGCUCUGGGAGUUGAGAUAGAGCUAGGGUGUCGAUUCGAGCCAUGGAUGUUUGUGCUUUGUUUUAGUGCUCCCAGGGCUGGGAUUUGAGCGGGAAACAAAAAGAAAAUUAAUAGUUGGCUUUACCCCAAGUCCAAAGAACAUGAACUCUCCAUCAGCCCAAUUUGUCACCUCAAGAAGGAUGGGAGUAUAUGACCCUAUCCACCAGAUGAGCAUGUGGGGUGAAAACUUCAAAAGCAACAGUAAUCUAAAUUCACCUGCAUCCUUGAUCGUGGAGGAUGUGAAACUAGAUAGUCAGUCAGAGGAUGCUUCACAUGGAAUAUCGGGACCUUCAAAUCAAUAUGACCAAGAAGCUACUAAACCUGUUGAUAAGGCACAAAGACGUCUUGCACAAAACCGGGAGGCUGCUCGUAAAAGUCGUUUACGGAAGAAGGCCUAUGUUCAGCAGUUGGAAACAAGUCGUUUGAAGCUGAUUCAAUUAGAGCACGAGCUGGAGUGUGCCCGACAUCAGGGCUCAUAUAUAGGUGGUGGGCUGGAUGCCAUCCAUCCGGGGUUUCCUGGAGCAGUGAACCCAGGGAUUACUACAUUUGAGAUAGAGUAUGGGAACUGGGUGGAAGAACAAAAUAGACAGAUUUGUGACUUGAGGAAUGCUUUGAAUGCUCAUGUAACUGAUAUGGAGCUUCGAAUGCUGGUAGAAAACUGCAGGAACCAUUAUUUUGAACUUUUCCGCAUGAAAGAAACUGCUGCAAAAGCCGACGUCUUCUAUGUGACGUCUGGCAUGUGGAAAACUUCAGCUGAGCGCUUUUUCUCGUGGAUUGGAGGGAUUCGCCCUUCAGAGCUUCUUAAGGUGAUGUGCGGACCAUCACAAAUUAACGUGCUUGGGCCUCAGCUUAACCCCAUGACAGAACAACAAUCUGCGAAAGUUGUCGUUCUUCGAGAUGCAUGUCUGCAAGCAGAAGAUGCUCUUUGGCAAGGUAUGGAGAGACUCCAGCAAACUCUGGCUGAGACUGUAGCAGCUAGUCAACUGAUUGAAGGAAGUUACAUCCCGCAGAUGGCUCCUGCGAUGAAGAAGUUGGAAGCUCUAGUGGAAUUUGUGAAUGAGGCUGACCAUAUUCGGGAGGAAGCCCUAGAACAGAUGUUUCACAUCCUGACUAUCCGCCAGGCAGCUCGAGGCCUGCUUGCCUUGGGAGAGUACUUCCAACGCUUUCGAGCUUUGAGUAAACUUUGGGCUACUCGUUCUCAUGAGCCAGCUUAGUCUCAAACUGGAAGAGGCUACAAGCUGCUUAGUCUUAUAAUGGAGGAGGCUACAAGCUCAAAAUCGCCAUGAGGUUAUCACAACCGGUAGCAUGCCUUGGCAAGCAGAUGUGCAUUUCAGUAGUGUUGUUAUGAAGAUAUAUAGACAUGAUCCAUUUUUCAAUCAGCCUCCCACCAUUGAGAAGUUGUAUAUAUUAAUGGCCAUUUGAUCAAGAGGAAAUUUGUAAUUAGGGUUAUUUUUAGUGCUUGUACAUUACCUUCUCCUCAAAGUUCAUAUAUUUAAGAUUUGGAUUUUGAGCUCAGAGUUUGGAACUUUGUCAUGUAAAAUAUUUGUUGGAUGUCUCAAAAGUUGUUUGUGCUUUGAACUGAACUCGCUUUGCUCAGAACAAAGUGAUAUUGUGUAGUUGAAUCGGAUUGUGAUCGCAAGGUGUAUCAAUCGUAAGGUGUAUCGAAUGCUUUUAAUUUGAAAAAAAA